AUGCGCGCGCGCGCCGCCGCGCUGGCCGCACUGGCGCGCGCCGCGCACGCCGCCAGGACGCUCUGCACGCAGCCGCCGCCCGCCAUCGCACACGCCUUCUCGCAGACUAGCCGCGACCCUGCCCUGAAGGCCGGGGCCUUCGCCCCCGCGGUCCGCAAGGCGGCGCGCGCAGUGUGGCAGGUCGCACACAAGUACUCCGCCAUAGCGCGCACCGCAUUCCAUGCUGAUGAUUCUACGCUACGGCAUCUGCAAAUUUCUCAGCACACAUACAGCCAACUAGCUCAAUUCUUGGAGCGAGUGACCUCCAACAGUCAGGAGCGUCCUCCAGAGCUGGACAACGUGGACCUGAAGCCCACUACCCUGGAGGAGAAGAUAGCUCUGUCUGCCAGUACUCAACUUGCUGAGAUCUCCAGCAAACUCUUCGAUAAUCCCACCACUGGUCCAGGAAUUACGCACAGGCACAUGGAAGCAGUCCUAGCCGCAGUAGCGGCGUGUAGCGGGGGCGCGGUGUGGCCGCGGGGCGUGUGUGCGGGGCGCGCGGGGGGCGCACACUGCCGCGUGUCGCUCAGCCCCGCCUGGAGGCUCGCCUCCACCACGCCGCCCGACCACGCCGCCACACUACCGCUCAGCCAUCGACUCGCACUCAAACUGGAGGGCGUCGUACUGCCGCCUGUACCACUCAGUAAACGCCAGAAGCCGCGCCAAGUGAAGGGAGUUCAGAUUACGGUGACUGCGACACCACAUCCUCGCACUAAUGAGAAGACUGUAGAACUGAACAACAUCCCGCCAGUUCUGACUGCGGUGCAGACAGUGACACCUGUCCGUGACUUCUUCUCCGCCCAGCAACUGGUGUCAGUGUCCACGCCCGGACUGUAUACAGUCGCAGUUGAAGCUGCCUUCGUCGAUGAAAACGAUCAGCUGUGGAACACUGGCCCGAGAACUGCCAUUGUAAUCAAGGCUCAUGAGGAUCCGAGCGUGAAAGGCAGCACGCAAGCUACACGCAGCAGAUUUUAG